AUCCAGCUCAAUUCCAAGUCCUCUUGAAGAUCCUGAUAUGCAACUCACAAAUGAAAAGCAGGCAGAUGAGAAAGCCAUUAAUGCUAUCGUUAUAAAUGCAGUGUCCGAAUUCAAUAUCACAGAUGGACCAGCCAAGGAAACCCCCUGUGAGAAAAAACUGUCAGCAUCCAGCAUAUCAGUGUCCUCCCUUGAAGAAUGCCAAAAGAAAUUUUCCUACCUCCAAACUGAUACUUCCGUUCAUCCGAGAGACACCGAUGAGGAGUGUGCCUCCCUUAUCCUCACCUGUCUGUUUUGCCAGUUUUUGGAUUGUCUCCUAAUGCUCCCAGAUACUUGUGAGACGGUGUGCACCAACGUGUGCUGCCCCUCUCACAGGUACCACUACACCUCGGAUGAGAGCCAUUCCCGGAAUGAUUGCAACUGCAACUGUGACGUGGACUGCAGCCUUUUUGAAUCCUGUCAUGAGACCAGUGAAUGUCUGGAGCUGGCCAUGGAGAUUUCAGAAAUCUGUUAUCGCUAAUGCCACAAAGGAAGCCCCUUCCAGCAGACCUCCUUGGCCCCAAGGGGAAACUCCUUUACACUAAGACUGUAAUUUCCUUGUGCUGAAAUGAAAGGACUGUACACAUUUCUUGGAUGCCUAUAGACCAUUUUAUUCUGCACCUGUCUGGGAAAGCUAGUAUUGUCAACCCAAUGGUCUUAGUCCAAAUUUCCCAACCGCAUGGCUCGCUGAAAAAUAAGAUCUUGAUCACAUGUGAUGAACAAAUCUUAAAUACCUCUUAAAUGCCAUAGGUACAAGAUGUUUCUUGACUGUAAAAUAGCAUGUGAAACCA